AUGAAGAUCUCCGUCAGCGCCGUCUUUGCCGUUGUCGGCGUUGUUGCCGUCGCGGCCGCCGAGGACUACCCCGCCAACAUGCCUGCUUGCGGCAAAACUUGCGGUGACAACAUGCUUGCCAAGGCCGGUGAGUUUAACUGCACUGGCACCGACGUCAAGCCCUGCAUCUGCGAGAAAGCCGACUUUGGUUAUGGCAUCCAUGACUGCAAUGUCCAGUCCUGCCCCGACGUUGACCAGGCAAACAUCGCCAUCGGCUGGGCCAACAACAUGUGCGCCAAUGCCGGCAAGCCGAUCAAUAUCCCUUCGGCCACUGCCGUGAGUGCAGCAGGCGGUGCCUCGGGCAGCCCCGUGGCGACUUCGUCAGUGGUUACUACCAUUAUCAGCGGCUCGUCGACCUUCGUGACCACCUCUGUCACCACGGUGUUCGGUUCUGGUGCCGGCUCGAGUGAGAACGUCUCCCCGACACCCAUCACCACCAGCACUUGGACCUCGGUCUUCACCAGCGGCUCGCUUACCACCACGCUCACUGGAGAGACGACCGUCUCCGGUGUUAGCGGCGUAGCAGGCGCCACGUCGGUCCCUCAGACCACUGUGACUUCGCCGAUAGUCUCGACGCAGACUAGUGGCUCGUCGACCUUCGAGACCACGGUGGGAUCCACGACCAUCGUGUCCAGCGUCACCGGGGACGCUCUGAGCAGCGAGCUGUCUAGCCAGGCUUCGGAUGCCACGUCUACCAGCAGCGGCCAGGGUGCCCAAGUGACUGCCGCUCCGGCCCUUGGUGUCCUCGCCGCCGCCGGUAUCGCGGUCGCUCUUCUAUGAGCUUGACCUGCGCAGCUUGCCGGAGUUCGGCACAUGAUUUUUGAUGAUUUGUUUUUGAUCGAUGCUUUUAUGACGCCAUGACGGCUGGGGUUGCGGGCCGCACGAUAUCAAUCUUAAUGGGAAUUGGGACAUGGUUACCAAUGGAGACCCCGGAUUUUAUGGCCGUUUCUUUGCUUUGAUAUCUCCCAUCGAUAGUCUGUCGUUUGACUGCUGGGCAUCGUUCUUGUACAUACUAGAGGGAGGCGUUCUAGGUAUGGACAGAUACCCACGAUGGGGUCUCGCUAUAGUGAUUUUGCUCCUUGUAUGACCGACUGCCGAUUAAUAUUCGACCUCAGGCAAUGGGUGCCGGAAUCAAACUACCGUUUCAUC